AUGAAAACAAGGUUUUUCUUGAGCUAUAACAGCAAUAAUGAUAAUUUUAUACAAUGUAACAGUAAAAGUAAUAGAAAUAGUAGUAGUUAUAGAAUUAAUAAUUGUGUUAUAACUUUAAAUAAAUCUGUUUUUUUAUUUUUAUUUUUAUUAUUUAAUAUAGUAGCCUCUGAUUGGGUUCAAUCAUCGUUGGUUGACAAAAAUGUAUCGAGACCAAGCAGAUAUGGACAUUGUUCAGUAACGGUGAUUAGUGGAUUAUUGUUCAACAAUCGAUCGUCGAAUGCAGAUAAUAAACAGAAAAAGGAUAAUGAUAAUUCAAGUACUUCAAGUGAAUCGAGUAGCGAUGAUUAUUAUCCAUCUACUAGUAUCUGGACAUUCGGAGGUAUCGAUUCAUUUAGCAGUCAACUAAUCGAUAAAAUAUUCAUUAUGGAUGACGGUGACUAUAAUGUAUAUGAUUUCCAACAGUCCGAUACACCUCCUCUGCGUUGGGGACAUUCAUGCAGCAUCUUCAACGACGUUUCCAUUCUCGUUUAUGGCGGUAGCAACGACACCACUACCACCAACGUAUCAAACACAUUCAGUGACCUCUGGUUAUACAAUAUUACAAAUAACAAAUGGACUUUACUUUCAAAUGGUUCCGACUCGACUAUUAUACUCAACAACAGCAAUACAACCAAUAACAAUACAACCAAUAUUAAAUCAUCAUCAACAUCAACAUCAUCAUCAUCAUCAUUUUUAGAUAAUGACAGUAAUGAUAAUAGUACAACAACACCUAAUAAUCAAACAGCUAUCGAUACAGUACCAAUUUCAAGAGCAUUCCAAGCGAUUGCUUCAAAUGAAACCUAUCUAUUUAUGUUUGGUGGUCUAAGAAAUAACAGUGAGGUUCUGGAUGAUCUAUGGGUAUUCGAUAUCGAGAAUGCUCAGUGGAAGUUCAUUAAUACCACCGACAAUAAAAGCUCAGCACCACAAGGUAGAUUCGGUCAUACAGCAGCUUUCAUACAGGAUAGAUUUGUUGUUUACGGUGGAUUCAACAAAUACAGUAUAGCAAUGAAUGACCUUUGGCUAUUUGAUCCACAGACAUCCACUUGGUCAAUUGCAAUGCCCACAGGUAACCCUAAACCAAGAGGUUUUCACAUGAUGGAUUCAGAUAGUUCCGACAAGGACAGAGCCAUCUAUAUCUACGGUGGUACAACAGAACAAGGUCAACCUUUAGCAAAUCUCGAAGUUUAUGAUUUUGGUAAACUAUCUAUAUCAUUAUUAGAUUAUAUUAAUUACUACUUUUCUUUGAUUAUCCUAACUUUAUUAUCUAUUAUCUAUCUAUCUAUCUAUCUAUCGAUUAUUAUAGAUGCAAAAGCUUGGUAUCAUUUGGAUCCAGAUACAGCUAGUCCAACACCAACUUAUUGGGGAUCGAUUAGUUACAGUGCACAUAUCGAAGGUUUAGUAAUGUAUGGCGGUUACAAUACAGAGAGUGAAUCAUUUUGGACCUAUAAACUAAAUUGUGAUUGUUUUGGAAGAGGUGGUUGCUUCUUUGGUAUUUGUAAUUGUUUCUCUGGUUUCUUUGGUGAUUACUGUCAGAAUUCAAUUGAUGGACCAAUUCUUUUAGGUUUAGGUUUAGCUAUUUGUGUACCGAUCUUAUGUUUUGGUUGGUGUGUACUAAGAUGUGCACCAUUAACUACUAGAAUCAAAGUAUUAACAAUGUCUAUAAUUGUUACUUCAAGUUUAUUAUUUAUUUCAGUUCAGACAUCACUUGCAUCAUGGUUACCUGUCUCGAUUCUCUCAUUAUUGACCGGUCUAGGUGGUUUAUACGGUAUUAUGAAGAGUAAAAAAUCAAAGGUUCUAUUUAUGUUGAUCGUUGCCGAUGUACUUAGUUUAGCUGCUGGUGCACUUGGUUUAGUUUCAUAUUUACCUUCUUGUAUGCUUGGAAAUUGUAAAAAUGAUGCAAAUGGAUCAUGGUUACCAAAGUUUGCAAUUAUUAUGUCAUUUGUAGAUGCUUCAUUGUUGGUUUUAAUAUUACCUAUCAGUUUAAAAUUAUAUAGACAUAGAAGACUGUUAGAAACGAUUUCAAAUCAUCCUUCACUUCCAACCAAUAGUGUAUUGAUGUCCAACAUGAUAUCAGGUUUGAAUCCAUUGAUAAAGAAGUUGGCUGCCGAUGGUUCACCCAACGAAUCACAACAAGAUACCAAUCAGAAAGCAAUCAACUAUCUCACAAAAGAGAGUAGACUUCGCACAGAGUUGAAUCGAAUUAGAAUAUCUAAAGCAACAGAUGAAAUUAGAAUUAGAAUUGAUAGAGAAAACGUAUUGGAGGAUUCAUUUAAUCAAAUAUCGAUCCUACCUACCAGUCUAUUGAUUCAAAAUUUCAAUGUUAAGUUUGUUGGUGAAGAAGGAGUUGAUAUGGGUGGUCUAAAGAAAGAGUGGUUUUCAUUACUGUUUAAACAGUUGUUUGAUCAACAAUUUGGUUUAUUCACUACGAACAGUAACUAUACGCUCUCGAUCAAUCCAAACUCCUAUCAGAAUAGCGAUCAUCUAGCACUCUUUUAUUUUGCCGGUCGAAUGGUUGCCAAAUCAGUGUCGGAAGGCAUCCAUCUCGAGCACACCUUCUCGAGAACGAUCUACAAACUCAUCUUGGGUAAACCGACCAGUCUCGACGAUCUCAUCUAUGUCGAUGCCGAAUUCCACAAGAGUUUAAUGUGGAUCCUCGAAAACUCGAUCGAAGACAUGGAGGAGGUCACUUUCUCUACGACCGUCGAGCACAACGGUGAGAUUCAACUGGUUGAUCUUGUUCCUGGCGGUAGAGAUAUUCCUGUAAACGAGGAAAACAAACACGAGUUUGUUAAACUGCUAAGUGAAUGGAGAUUCAAACGUGAUAUUACCGAUCAGUCCUAUCAGCUUGUUCUCGGAUUCCACGAUGUCAUUCCCUUGGAUCUGCUCGGUGCUUUCAACGAGUGCGAACUAGAGCUAUUCAUGUGUGGAUUGACAGAGCUCGACGUUGAAGACUGGAAGAGAAACACAAUCUAUCGUGGAUACAAUGCAAGUUCACACGUAAUCGAAUGGUUCUGGCAAGUCGUAGAGGAAAUGGAAAUGGAAAGUAGAGUUAGACUCUUACAAUUUGUCACUGGAAACGCAAGAUUACCACCAACUGGUUUCCAAUGUUUAAUGUCUGCCGACGGACCAACUAAAUUCCAAAUUCAUAAAUCCUAUGCACCUGAUAAUCAAUUACCAGUCGCUAGAACAUGUUUUAAUAGAUUGGAUCUCCCUAAUUAUGAUUCAAAAGAUCAACUCCAAAAUGCAAUAAUGAUCGCGAUCCAAGAAGGUUUGCCUGGUUUUGGACUGGCAUAA